CUUAUAUACGUUUGACGGUAAACCUCUGAGUUCGUGCUGCCCCUCUUCAAAAACCCUAAUCGACAUCUGGAGGAGAGAUUCGUUGAAAGCAAAGGACCGACCAUGUAUCUUCAGUGCUAUAUCAACGAAAAGGGCGACAAGGUUUACACCACUAAGAAGGAAUCACCGCUCGGGUUAGCCACUGAAUCUGCCCAUCCAGCCCGAUUCUCCCCUGACGAUAAAUAUUCAAAGGAGAGAGUUACAUUGAAGAAGCGUUUUGGUCUCUUACCGAUCCAGGGCGCACCUGUCAAGUACUGAAAGGCCCAAAACACUCGGCUUCCUUUGCCUUUUGAUCUUCUAUUCUUGUCUCUUAAUUUUAGCUUGACUUUUGUACUGUCUCCAAAUAGUGGAUUACUUAUGAGAUUAUGAUUCGUAAUAUUUUCAUUUAUCUAUGACGGUGUAAUCUCCUAUAUAAUUAACUUCUAUUUUAUAAAUAAAAAUAGAUUUUUCUAUUA